UCUGCGCUGGCGCCGGGCCGCACAUGGCGGAGGUGCGGGCUGGAGAGCGCCAGGCGGGAUCCCGCCUCUUAGCAGGAGCGCAGGGGCCGUGCUGACCUUGUCCUGCGGGAGCAAAGAAGGGCAGCGCUGCCCCAUGGAAACCACUCCCAACCCUCAAACUUCAGAAGAAGAGAAAACUGAGACAGCACCUACUCAGGAGGUUGCCAGUCCUGAACAGUAUAUUAAGCAUCCACUACAAAACAGAUGGGCCCUCUGGUUCUUUAAAAAUGACAAAAGCAAAACCUGGCAAGCAAACCUUCGUCUGAUUUCAAAGUUUGAUACUGUUGAAGAUUUCUGGGCUUUAUACAACCAUAUCCAGCUGUCUAGUAAUUUAAUGCCUGGUUGUGACUACUCACUCUUUAAGGAUGGAAUCGAACCAAUGUGGGAAGAUGAAAAAAACAAGCGAGGAGGACGGUGGCUAAUUACACUAAAUAAACAGCAGAGACGAAGUGACCUUGAUCGCUUCUGGCUAGAGACACUGCUGUGCCUUAUUGGGGAGUCCUUUGAUGACUACAGUGAUGAUGUAUGCGGUGCUGUUGUUAAUGUUAGAGCUAAGGGUGAUAAAAUAGCAAUAUGGACAACUGAAUGUGAAAACAAGGAUGCUGUUACGCAUAUAGGGAGAGUAUACAAGGAAAGAUUAGGACUUCCUCCAAAGAUAGUGAUUGGUUAUCAGUCCCAUGCAGACACAGCUACUAAGAGCGGCUCCACCACUAAAAAUAGGUUUGUUGUUUAAGAAGACACCUUCUGAGUAUUCUUUCAUAGGAGACUGCGUCAAGCAAUCGAGAUUUGGGAGCUGAACCAAAGCCUCUUCAAAGCAGAGUGGACUGCAUUUAAAUUUGAUUUCCAUCUAAAUGUUGCUAAGAUUUGUGAGAAGUCUCAUUCGCCUUUGUCUUGUACUUCUGUGUUCAAUUUUUUUUUCUAUUUUGGCUGAAGUAACCAUUAUUCAAUCAAAGAAUUUCAGUACACAUUAUCCCCAGAAUCCAUAAAUGUUUUUCUGGCCCACUCUGUAAUAGCUUAGUAGGAACAUUACUAUUACAAAAACAUUUGUUUAUCCACAGUAUUCAGAAAUGAAACUGCAUUUCUGUUCCUUGCAGAAAAAUUACUUCUGUUUUCCAUUUGCCUUGUAUGCGGUAACAUUUUGCUGGUUUGGAAAGAGUAUGGUGCAUACAGUUUUCUAGCAAUUUUUUUACACAGCAUUGUCUUUGCUGUAACCUAUGCUGAUGGCUGCUAGAUUAAUUUAUUUGUUUCCCUAUUUGAUAACAUUAGUGGUAUUUUGAUUUCAGUUGUUUUUGCUCAUGUAACAUUUGGUGAAGAAUCUGGGAAUAUGACAAAGGUGGAAUAAACGUUCAUUUUGUGCA